AUUUCACAGCUCUUCUGUACAUUGACUCUAUGCAUAACGCCAGUCUCACUCAUAUUUGCUUGAAUUGAAGAGGAAAGUCAAUAGUUGGGAUCAUGGCGCCUGCUCACAUUGCUAUCCUUGGUGGCGGGCUUACAGGCUUAUCAUCUGCAUUUCAUUUAUCUCGUCGUUUUCCAAACUCGCUAAUCACGUUACUGGACAAGGAGACACGGCUGGGUGGAUGGGCUCGUACUAAGCGUAUUCAGGUCAAAGGGGCUGAUGGAAAAGAAGGCAUUGUUGUAAUAGAAGCAGGCCCACGGACAUUGAGGCCAAAUGCGAAGUCCGUCUUGGAACUUAUCAACCUAUUGGACUUGAAGUCCUCGCUUGUGACCGUCUCAAAGUCAUCGCCAGCAGCCAGGAAUCGCUAUCUCCGCAUUCCUAACCAUGCCGGCCUAGAGAAAAUUCCAUCCUCCCUGCUUUCUAUGCCGUUUUCUUCACUUGGCCGGACCAUGCUACUUGGUGGUAUGCGCGACAUUUUUAGCCGACGAAAUAGACCACCGAUAUCCGACGAGUCUGUCGACUCGUUCUUGGCACGUAGAUUCGGUGAAAAAAUAGCAAGGACAUUUGGAAGCGCAAUUAUACAUGGUAUAUAUGCCGCCGAUUCUCGUAUGCUAAGUUUACGUGCUGCGUUUCCGUCCAUGUGGGAGUCGGAGGAUAGGGGCAGCGGAAGCGUCAGUAUGGGAUUCUUGCGACCAGUACGGAAAACAGAAACGAAUACCAACCAUCAUUACGAGCUAGGAGACGUGAUGGACUUGAUGCGGGACGUAUCUGUGUACUCGUUUAAGGAUGGUAUUGGUUCGCUCACUGACACCUUGGCACGGGAGAUCAGGAAGAAGCCAAAUGUAAGGGUAUAUAGCGGCGUAGGUGUCACAUCCCUACGUCUUAGUUCAGGAAGUAAAGGAUUCGAGGUGACCACUGUCUCAAACGAAACAUUGCAUCCGACUCAUGUAGUAUCAGCACUACCACUACCACGUUUGCACUCUCUUCUACCGCCGACACUUGCCCUUCCUCAUCUAAAAACAAACCCUUACACUUCCGUGACAGUCGUGAACUUGGUAUUUUCUGCACCGUCUGGAUCUUCACUGCAUCCUCCAGGGUUUGGCUACCUCGUCCCACGGCCUGAUAGCGGGUAUACUGCAGAAGAUGCCGGAAUUUUAGGCUGUGUAUUUGACUCGUCAGCGACCGCGUCCCAAGACAAUGUGGAUGGAAUCGUCAAAUUGACGGUUAUGCUUGGUGGGCCCUAUCCCAUCUCACCGGCACACGUCGAGAUUUCUACCAUCUUACGCAACUUAUCUAUCCAUCUGGGCGUGUCUCUACCUCAGCCACUAGCAGUGCGCAUACAUUCAAAUGCUAACUGUAUACCGAUGCUGGGAGUAGGUCACGUAGAGCGGAUGAAGGACCUGAAACAAGUACUCGAGCAAGAGCCCUGGAGCGGACGACUGGAAGUCGUUGGAGCAGGAGUUGGUGGGGUCAGUGUAGGUGACUGUGUCGAAGCAGGCAGAGGUGUUGGUCAAAAUUGGGCGUGAUAUGAUUUCGUUUUGAGCUGCUUCUAUGUAUUAAUCAACUGAAGAACAUGAAGCUAGAACGAAUAAUAUUGCUAAUACUAAUAGACACAUAAUAAACCAAGCAUUGCGAUACCAGUACAGAGUGACAGUUGAAAUUAGUAGAUAGAUAAUAAAACCAAGUCCGAUACUAUAAUCAUCAUAUAUCUGUAUAUCCUACAAGAAGCAUCAUUGAGCCAAUUCACCAUGUUCCCAAGGCACGGAAAUGACUCCAAUUUGAUACUCUCCACGCUCGCCGGUUGAUGGUUGCUCUGAACUCCCUUCCAUACCAGAGGUAUUAUUGGUCAGACGGAUAGGAGAAGGCAUCGCAAUCAUGACUGCGACCUGAACAGCCUCUGGCAGACCGUCAGGCUUAUCUGGUAUCUUGUUUUGCUUUCUGCCUGGAAUGAGUGAGCGCAAUGUGCGUGGUCGCAGUCCACUGAUGGACACCGGUGCAGCCAGGCCAUCAGACGUCGCACUCUCCGCCGAGUAUGCUGACGUCCCCUCCUUAAUUCUUGGAAUGGAAUCACCACGCAUUAGGGUGGCCGAUAUCGGCUUCGUCCGCCAAUUCCACGAAUCCUGGUCGUCCAAGCUCUUCAACCAAGUCUCCCAAAAUGCUGGUCUAGUCUGCUUCUCCACAAAUUUUGCCCUUUGCACAGCUUCGUCCCAUGACUCGCCAGUGCGAAUCCUGAAGCCCCUUCGAGAGCCGAUGCCGCAUCCCACGAAGAUGAGCAGAAGAGCGAUGAAGGUGAUGAGAAAGCCGAAGAAAUAGUUUGCGCUGCUGUUUCCACCCGAAGAGCUGCUUGCUGGGGAUGCGGUACUGCUGCUGGACGAUGAGCUCGUCGUCGCGGUUGAGACAAGAGAGCCCGAGGAGGAGGACAUAGGGCUUGUUUUGUCGGACGAAUUAGAUGUGCGAUAUCGUGGCACCUAGAGGAAGAGUGGGCUGAGAGAAAUGUUGACCAGCAAGAUUGUUCUCAUUGGGACGGUCGCCUGGGUGAAAAACAAACGUCAACCCGGGCC